UUUGGCGAGUCAGUAUCACUGUCACUGAUGGAAGGAGAUUCUGUCACUCUAAACACUGAUGUUAUUGAAAUAAAUGAAGACGAUGACAUACUGUGGAAAUUUGGAGAUGACCAAUCUCUGAUAGCUGAAAUGAAUAGAGCUGCUGGAAUCUUCUCUACACAUGAUGAUGUUCCUGAUGGGAGAUUCAAAGACAGGCUGAAGCUGGACAUACAAACUGGAUUUCUGACCAUCACAAACAUCACAAAUGAACACGCUGGACUCUAUGAACUAGGGAUUAGUGGAGCUGUACUGUCAUCAAAAACAUUCAGUAUUUCUAUCUAUGCUCCUCUGCCCACUCCUAACAUUACUAGAGACUGUUCUUCACCAUCAUCAUCAUGUUCAUUGUUGUGUUUAGUGGUGAAUGUGAGUCAUGUGACUCUCUCCUGGUACAAAGGAAACAGUUUAUUGUCCAGCAUCAGUGUGUCUGAUCUCAGCAUCAGUCUCUCUCUACCUCUGGAGGUGGAAUAUCAGGAGAAAAACAGCUACAGCUGUGUGCUCAACAAUCCCAUCAGCAACCAGACCACACAUCUCAAGAUAAGUGAACUCUGUCACACGUGUGCAAGUCAGGGCCUACCUUUAUUGUACAUAGUGUUGAUUUCUGUUCCUGCUGCUGGAUCUCUGUUCAUUAUUGCUGCAGUUGUGAUCUUCUGGAUCUACACGAAAUGCAGACAAACUGAUCAAGAAGUUGAGACUCGUGAUGACGAGAUAACUUACACUGAGCCAGUGUUCUACAAAAGAAAUGCACAUAAAUCGGAUGGUAAAGAGGAAGAACAUGUUGUGUAUGCACCUAUUGCCAUGAGAAGUGAAGAACUUUCAUCAAAAUCCUCAAGUUCUGAAUCUGUUGGUUUUUGGAAUUCAUGA